CCCCCCCCCCCCCCCCCCCCCCCCCCCCCCCCCCCCCCCUCCCUCCCCCCCUCCCCCCCCCCCCCCCCCCCUCUCUCCCCCCCCCCCCCUCCCUCACUCCCCCCCCCCCCCCCCUCCCCCCCCCCCCCCUCCCCCCCUCCCCCCCCCCCCCUCCCCCCCCCCCCCCUCCCUCCCCCCCCCCCCCCCCUCCCCUCCCCCCCCCCUCCCCACCCCCCCCCCCCCCCCCCCCCCCCCCUCCCCCUC